AUGACCUCUAGACAAGAAACUAACCGUCAAGCGAUCUUACAAUUAUGGAAUCAAAGUAUUCAGAAGACUAGAAAAAUUCAUCAAUGCACUGGAAUUUCCCUCACAACUGUAUACAAUAACCUUACCAAGCUUUGUGAGUCUGGGACGAUUCAGCAUGUAAAAGGAAGUGGUCGCCCAAAAAAGAUUAUGGCUAAUGCAUCAAGAGCAUUAGCCCAAUUU